GGGGCGCACUAAUAGAGGCAAGUAUGUAUUUUAGUCAUUUCUUAUCCAAAGGAAAGGAUUUACACGUGCUUAAAUUGCUUUAUUUUAGCAUUAUGCAAUUCUGUUGUUCCAACUUAAUGUACUUGAGUUGAACCAACUUAAUUCAUUAAUUGUGAAUUAACUUAUAUACUGCAGUUGAGUCCAAUUUGAUUAAAUUGAGUUGAUCCAACCUUUCCAAAUUAGAGUAGUCCUGCAAAAGUACUUAAUGCUAAGAGAAAGCCAUUUAUAAAUGUCAAAAUACCUUUCUGUGAUUAUUUUAAAGUUCAUUUAAAGAGUUAUUUCUUGGAGUGUCUAGAGUCUAGAGUCUGAUUAACAUAAAACCUGUGUAGACAUUGCUUUUUUAAAUAACAAAAUGUACAUAGCUGUCACUCCAGCCACUUGUCCUUAUCAGGCUCACAGGGGGGCGAAGGGGGCUGGAGUCUAUCCCAGGUGUUAUAGGGCAAGGUUUAAGCUGGACAAGUCUAACACAGCUUGGACAAUUUAGAAAAAUCAAUUAAUCUAACCCCACUAAGCACAUGUUUGUUAUGUGGGAGGAAGGCAGAGUACCCAGAGUGAACCCACAGGGAGAGCAUGCAAUCUCCACACAGUUGGUGGAUUUGAACUCAGGACCUUGCUGUGAGGCAGCAAUGGUAACCACCAAAAUGUCAUUCAGAAACAAUAUGACUGCAAGGCUUGAUGCAGAAUUUUCUUUACAUUUUUGUCUUUCACAGGUUAAACCGCAACAAAGAACAAUAGCAUACAUGUGGUGUGUGUAUGGUUUUCUGCCACAUCCAACCCCAGUGAUUUUCCUGAUACAACUACUACGAGUUGACAAGUAUUAAAACUACAUUAAGAGUAUGAAUAUAAUUUAUAGUAAGUGAGCACAUGUGGCACAGGUAAUACUUUAUGAGAAAACUUGACACAACAUAUAUUUUUUCUAAUACAAAAAACUGCAUUAUGCAUACAAAACUAGUGAGAAUAAAAUAAAUAAUAAAGCAACAACUUGCACGACUAGGCUGCAUGUAAUGGCAUGUUAUAUAAAAUCUUAAAAUACAAUUAACAAAUUCUUCAUCUGGUAAUUGAAAAAUUUUAAGAUGCAUUUUUCUUGGAUGUUCAAAAUUAAAGAGGAAAAGGAAAUAAUCUACAGUGCCACUGCUGAAGUGUGGCUUUAUUGAGUUUAAGAAAAACAGAUGUGUGUACACUCAAAGCUUUAGUACCAUGUGACCUCAGUUGUGGCUUGGGUUACAGAAGCACCAUAAGGUUGUUAAAGAUUGAUGAAUACAUUGUUUGACUGGCCACUGCCUGGCAAGACAGCACGAUGUAGGCUAAUAUCUGGUGUCUCAGUCCUCCGAGAGCCAAUAUUUAUAGUAAGCAAUUCUCCUUUCCAUUAACGAGAGCAGCGUUGGAGUGCUGAGGGUGCUGAGGAAACGGGGUCGGGAAGUGUAUGAAGUCAUCACAUACUGCCUGGGUUUAAGAGUUGAAAAUAACAUGCUAAAAAAGCUUCUCAUGUCAGAACUAUGGAAGCUAAUUUCCACCAGUAACAAAACAAUAAUAAUAAUAAUUUUUCCAUUAAAAACUAUAAUUGUUUUUUUUUAACUGUGCAUGUUACACAGUAGAAAAGUACACCAAUUUAAACUGAUACAAAACUGGAAUACGUUCAGGUAUUGAACAAACUUUAAAUUUUGUUGUGAGCAAAGCACAAUCCAUAUGUUGUGACUGUUUCACUUAAUUUUUAUGCACGCCCUCCUGAAUACAGAUUAUGUGUGCUUGAGUCCGACUCCUCCAAAGACACCCAGGCACAGUACAAUAUAAGUAUGACAUCAAAGGAAAAGAAUAGUAAAAUUAGGACUUUAUUUCAGUUUUUCAAUUUAAAUGAAGUGUAAAAGGUCGUAAAUAUUCAUACACUCUUUAAAGUUCGUGAUUAAUUUGAUCUUUUUUCACUUACUGGCAGAAAUGAGUUUCCAUAGAAGAACUUUUAAUCUCAAAUCUUGAGAUUAAACUUUAUUCAUCUUCUUUGAAUAAAUAAAGUGUUUUUUCAGUGUGCCCUCUCUGAAGGUUGCAGGUUGAGUUGGUCACCCUGUUUUCCACUAGUAUCAGAUUGAUCAUCUUUCCAUUAGCCUCGUCCAUGGAGUCCAAUGUUCCAAAGCAUCAACGGCUGAUUAAAAGCCGGGACGACUCCCCAACCUCUAUAUCUCUGUCCCUCUUACCACCGCUCAGCAGAAAAAUUUAGCUGAGUCACCUUUGCUGUCACAAACGUAAAUUCACCGUGCAGACCUUCAAGACAGCCAACCCCCUCUCUCGAAGUCUUCCCACUCUCCAGAGGACUGAAAGUAAGAGACACAGACCUGUUUAGAUUGUUCGUUUUAUGCUAAGCUUGGAAUAAUUUCUCCCUCCCAGACGGGCACAGUCUAGUUGACCAAUAGCUCCAAUUAGCAUAUGUGUUGCCAUGUAGAGUGUCUAUCCUUGGAGGGUCUUUCAAGGUUAGUCUUUGCUAAGGAGAUAGAAGUUACAGAGCUGUGCUUUUUCUUUUUUUCCCUCUAAUUUUCACACAGCUUCCUCUGCCAUAUUAUCUGUUGCUGUACAUCUGUUCCUGCUGUUUUUGUCUUCCUUUUAAAUUUUGCUGUUACGCUUCAGCAAAAUCUCAAGGAAAGUGUUUGUAUAGUGGGAAUCGCUGUCUACGUCUUCAGCAUUUAUUGCAUUCUACCCAUUGGCUUACACCUUGUAUGUUCAUCAGCAUUUCCUCUUAGGGACUGCUCCUUUCCACUCUACACUAAACUCUAGCUACCUUUGUAGAUGUCAAAACCUCCAUGGAUUAAAGAUUUAGAAAAGACAGUCUUGAUUGCCUGUGAAGCUGUAGUUUUAAAAAUAUUUCUUUUACAACAAAGUUUUAUUUAUUUUAUUUGCAGAGGGGGUUUGUUGUUGUUGUUUUUGGAAUACCCAGAGUGACCACUUGGAAAACUUUCUAGCAUAUGUGAGUGAGAUUAACCUGCUCUACAUCUACAGUAAAGGAAUAGAAAAGGUGCAAGUUUAUCUCUACAUGGGUCUGAGCUCCAGCACCAGAGCCUCCGCCGACACAGAGUCCAACUGCAGCCCUGGGCCUCUGGCUACCGGGCAGCAGACAGACCUCUCACCUUCCCCUCCUGUGGGGAAGAAGACAUCAUGGAGGAAUCUUUGGCCACAGCCCCAGAUUCCAGCACUCAAGAUGAUGUGCCUCCACUGGUUGUGAAGGAUGUUAACGUGCUUCUUGAACGAGAAAGGUCAGAUGGCAUCAGCAGCCCGUCCAGAGACGACGACUCCACUCUGCAGAACCAGGGCACCCACAGCAGCAUCCUUGAUGACAACACAAAGUCCAGUGCAGGUCUCCCAGAGGGGAGGAGUAAGUCCAGUGGCCUUUGCUUCAGUGAUGGAAAGAGCCGCAUCGAUUACAUCCUGGUCUACAGGAAAUCCAGUUCACAGUCAGAGAAAAGGGAAGUAUUUGAACGGAACAUCCGUGCAGAGGGCCUGCACAUGGAAAAGGAGGCCUCGUUAACAAACAGUGAUGUGAUCUUCUUGAAGCUUCAUGCACCGUGGGAUGUUCUCUGUCGCUAUGCAGAGCUCAUGAACAUUCGCAUGCCUUUCAGGAGGAAAAUCUUCUACAUGCACCGACGGCACAAGUUUAUGAGCAGGAUGGAGAAGCGCAUCAACAAAUUCCGCGGCUGGCUUCCCCGCAAGCCCAUGAAGUUCGACAAUGACAGGCUGCCUGACCUGGAGGAGAACGAGAGCUUUACCGCCCCCUUCAGUCGAUCGAGGAUCCAUCAUUUCAUCAUCCACAACAAAGAUACAUUUUUCAACAACGCCACCAGAAGUCGCAUCAUUCACCACAUCCUCCAGCGGGUCAAAUAUGAGGAGGGGAAAACUAAGAUGGGGCUUAAUCGUCUUUUGAGCAAUAAUUCAUACGAGGCAGCUUUCCCCCUUCAUGAGGGGAGCUACCACAGCAAAAACUCCAUCAGAACGCACGGAGCAGACAACCAUCGGCACCUCUUGUACGAGUGCUGGGCUUGGUGGGGGGUUUGGUACAAGUACCAACCGCUGGAUCUAGUCAGGAGGUAUUUUGGAGAGAAGAUCGGACUGUACUUCGCCUGGCUCGGCUGGUACACGGGGAUGCUGUUUCCUGCAGCUCUAGUUGGCCUGCUGGUAUUUCUGUACGGGCUUUUCACUCUGGAGCACUGCCAGGUCAGCAAAGAAAUCUGCCAGGCCAACGACAUCAUCAUGUGCCCCAUCUGUGACCAGUACUGCCCCUACCUGAGACUGUCAGACAGCUGCAUCUACGCCAAGGUCACCCAUCUAUUCGACAACGGGGCCACUGUUUUCUUUGCUGUGUUCAUGGCUGUGUGGGCAACGGUCUUCCUGGAGUUCUGGAAGAGACGCAGAGCUGUCCUCGCAUAUGACUGGGACCUCAUUGACUGGGAAGAAGAGGAGGAAGAAAUACGCCCGCAGUUUGAGGCCAAAUACUCAAAGAAGGAGAGGAUGAACCCUAUAUCUGGAAAACCUGAACCUUACCAGGCCUUCUCUGACAAAUACAGUCGCCUCAUCGUUUCCACAUCUGGAAUAUUCUUUAUGAUAUUGGUGGUGAUUGCUGCCGUGUUUGGCAUCGUCAUUUACCGAGUUAUCACUGUCAGUACCUUCGCUGCCUUCGGCUGGGCUCUCAUCAGGAACAACUCUCAGGUGGCGACCACGGGCACGGCAGUCUGCAUCAACUUUUGCAUCAUCAUGCUCCUUAACGUGCUUUAUGAAAAAGUUGCUCUGCUUCUUACCAAUUUAGAGCAACCGAGGACAGAGUCUGAGUGGGAGAACAGCUUUACUUUCAAGAUGUUUCUUUUUCAGUUUGUCAAUCUUAACAGUUCAACUUUCUACAUCGCCUUCUUUUUGGGAAGAUUCACAGGUCGACCUGGUUCAUAUCUGCGUCUCAUAAAUCGCUGGAAACUGGAAGAAUGCCAUCCUAGUGGCUGUCUCAUUGACCUCUGUAUGCAGAUGGGAAUCAUCAUGGUGCUAAAACAGACGUGGAACAACUUUAUGGAGCUCGGCUACCCACUGAUGCAGAACUGGUGGACGCGGCGGAGGCUGAGGAGAGAACACGGCCAAAAUGCAAAGGCUGGCUUUCCACAGUGGGAGAGGGAUUUUAACCUGCAGCCAAUGAAUGCCUAUGGACUGUUUGAUGAAUACCUGGAGAUGAUUUUACAGUUUGGCUUUACCACCAUCUUCGUGGCAGCUUUCCCUCUGGCCCCUCUCUUGGCGCUGAUCAACAACAUCAUCGAGAUCCGUUUAGACGCUUACAAGUUUGUCACACAGUGGCGACGCCCUCUGCCAUCACAAGCCAAAGACAUAGGGAUCUGGUAUGGCAUUUUGGAGGGCAUCGGCAUCUUGUCCGUCAUCACCAACGCCUUUGUGAUCGCCGUUACCUCGGACUUCAUCCCCCGCCUUGUUUACGCCUACAAGUACGGACCCUGCGCUGGUCAGGGCCGAGCAGGGGAGGGGUGCAUGAUGGGUUAUGUCAACGCCAGUCUCUCAGUUUUCCGGGUGUCAGAUUUUGAGAGGAGGUCGCACCCCAGGACGAAUGGCUCGGAGCUGUUUGGAGAAGCCGUGAAGUACUGCAGGUAUCGUGACUACAGGGAGCCUCCAGAUUCUGCAGAGCCUUACUCUUACACUCUGCAGUUCUGGCACGUCCUGGCAGCCCGGCUGGCCUUCAUCAUUGUUUUUGAGCAUAUGGUCUUUGCCAUCAAGACUCUGAUCGCAUACCUGAUCCCCGACCUUCCCAAGGACCUGCGAGACAGAAUGCGCAGGGAGAAAUACCUGAUCCAGGAGAUGAUGUAUGAGGCUGAGUUGGAGAGACUGCAAAAGGAAAAAAACGAGAAGAAGAAGAAAGACAGGGUCCACCAUAAGGAAUGGCCCUGAACACACCAACAGGUAGUCAGCAGGUCUUUGGUUUUCACAGCACAGCAGAGGGAGAGUGCCGGGUUUCCUGCAUGUACUGGACUCUCAUCCCUUCCUCCUGCUAUGUCAGACCAGCCCCUCCUGUUGGACAGUUUCUGAACUGCAUCUAGCUCACCGUAACAGUGACUUUGGAGCCCAUGUCUGCAAAACUAAGAGAAGUGCUCUGGAACAUUUGGCAGUGGGAUUUGCUACUUUUUCCCCUCCAGUUUGGACUCUCAGCAGGGUACAUCUUCAGAUCCUGAAUGUAGAUUUUAAGCAAGAUGAAACUUUUCCACAUUUUCUGUUUUAGAUGAGAGGACCUACUCUCCUGAGCUUACUAGGUAACAAACCCUGUUUACAUUUCUUCUUGCUAAGGGAGUUCACAUUUUGCUUUACUGUAAAUAAAUGUAUUUAAAUGAAUGUCAGGCUUAUAUGCUCUGCUAUAGUGUAGUGCAAGAAAAAUUAAGUAAUGUAAAGACCUACUCUAUCAAGACUAUGGCGCUGUCCACAGUUUGCCUAUAUUGGAAAUGCUUUCCACUUGAAUUUAGAUUGAUAACUGCAGUAAUAAAUAUUAUUUAUUGUAAAGACAUUUGACUUUCCCUUUCUUGAUUAUAUCUUGAGUCAGUAGAUGUUUUUUAUUUAGACAUUAUUGUCAUUAACACUGAAAAAAAAACGUCAUUGGUAAGUUUAAUGCAUGGUUUAAAAGUACAGGGAGACAACUGUAAAAAUUGAAUAUGGAAAAUUCUUUCACUGCAUCCAGCUUUUUUUUUUUA